AUGGGCAGAAGUAAUCCAAUGAAUAUGGGAAGUUUACGAAAUGCUCCGGAUUAUCCUGCAACCUCCUUGAUGGAACUCUCUGGCGUAGAGAAUCUUUCCGAAAACGAGACAACGCCCCUGCUGCCCCCGUGGCUUUCGCGAUGGCGGCGCCGCCAGCUGGAGUGCAUGGCGCGCAUGAAUGGCUCGCAGACGGCGGCCCCGAUGACAAGUGACGGCGGUGGGGGCGGGGAAGGGAGCGCGCGCUGUCCGGUGUCCUGGGACCAG